GAGAAAACUUUUAAUUAAAACAAAAAAGGGAGAGGAAAAAAGCGCAAAUCGUGGAUGCUUCGUCGUCGUCCUCCUCCUCUGCCGCAGCUGGCUGGACUCGUGCGCAAAUCCCACUAGGGUUUUCGGAUUAGGUUUCUAGAACCACAUACAUGCACGCGCCGCCGCUGGUCGCGCUCGCCGGGGGCGCCCGCCCCGCCUCCCCUUCGCCUCCGCCCUGGGCGUCGUCGCGGGGCGCCAUCCUGGCCGCUCCGGCCAGGCUCCUGCGCUCCCGUCGCGGGGCCCUCCGGCUGGAAGCCAAGGCAGCGUGGAGGGCGGCCGGAGGGGGACGGGGCCCGCAGGUCCCGUCCAAGGACGCCGUGCUCGCCUCCUACAUGGGCGCCGAGGAGGUGGUGGGUUCCUCACAACUGCUCCACGAAGAGCUCAUUCUGCAAAUCAGAAAGGAACUGGAGAAUGGAAAACUGCCCGCAGAUGUUGCUAGCAGCCUGGAAGAGCUGUAUUACAACUACAAAAAUGCAGUCCUGCAAAAUGGAGAUCCUAAUGCAUAUGACAUCAUGCUUUCCAAUAUGAUGGCUCUAUUUGAUCGUGUUCUGUUGGAUGUUCAGAAUCCGUUUACCUUUCCACCUUAUCACAAAGCUAUCAGAGAACCAUUCGACUAUUACGUUUUUGGUCAGAACUACAUUAGGCCACUGACAGAUUUUAGGAACUCCUAUGUUGGCAACAUUUCCCUUUUCAAUGACAUGGAAGAGAAGCUCCGGCAGGGUCAUAAUGUCGUUUUGAUGUCUAACCAUCAGACGGAAGCAGAUCCAGCAGUUAUUGCAUUGCUUCUUGAAAAAACCAAUCCGUGGAUUAGUGAAAACAUAGUUUAUGUUGCUGGUGAUAGGGUUCUUACAGAUCCUCUUUGCAAACCAUUUAGCAUGGGAAGAAACCUCAUUUGUGUGUACUCAAAAAAGCAUAUGAAUGAUUAUCCUGAGCUAAUUGAGAUGAAGAGGAGAUCAAAUACUCGAAGCCUCAAGGAAAUGGCCUUACUUUUACGAGGCGGUUCACAAAUAAUUUGGAUAGCACCGAGUGGUGGUAGAGACCGCCCAGAUCCUUCAACACGAGAAUGGUACCCGGCGCCAUUCGAUGCAUCCUCAGUGGACAAUAUGAGGAGGCUUCUGGAGCAUUCUGGCGUUCCUGGGCACAUAUAUCCACUAUCAUUGCUAUGCUAUAAGGUUAUGCCUCCACCACAGCAGGUUGAGAAAGAGAUUGGUGAGCGAAGGAUGAUAUCCUUCCACGGAGUAGGCCUAUCAGCAGCUGAAGAAAUAAAGUAUGGGGAUAUUACUGCUCGUACCAAGAAUGUUGAUGAGGGCAGGGAGCUAUUCACAAAGACUUUGUACGACUCAGUUGUUCAUCAGUAUAAUGUGCUCAAGGCUGCUAUAUUUAGAGAUCGUGGAGCAGCUGUGUCAAGCCCUGUCAUAUCACUCUCGCAACCAUGGCAAUGAAUGUUAGCUUUCUCAGUUUUGUUCGAUACUGACCUGAGUUUCAGUCCCUUCUAUUUAUUGGCUGCACAAAUACUAGUUUGGUAGGAUCCAUUAAGUAUGAUUGAAAUUUUUUGAAUACCUCAAAAUCCCCUUGUUUUAGUUGUUGAUCUGCCAAUGUCGUCACCCAUGCCGUUGCCCAUGCCAUUACAUAGAUUUCAUGAAGUCAGGUUUAUGCUUAUUGAUCCAUUGAUACGGUUGAUACUUGAUUUUUGCUAGAAUACCCCUUGAAUGUUAUUCACUCGAUGUACUAGGUAGUUUGUCCACUGACCUUGAGCAUUGGCACACAGCGAUCUCAUAUUUUUGUAUGUUACGUCUAGCGUUGUAGUCCUUUUUAGGAGUGUCUGGUUUUGUAGUUAACUAAUUAUAGUUAUGAAAUGAGCAUUAUGGCCUUAGUCCCCCCAACAAGCAACUUGUUUCAUCCCUCAUUUACAAGAUAAUUUCUUCACUGACAAGAACUUAUGUGAUGGAUGCCGUAUCAAAUAUUCAACAAUUUUCAGCUCCGGAUCCACCGUGAAGCUACCUUCCUUUCUUUUUGGAAGAGCAGAUGAACUGCUAUGGUGCAACUAUGCAAAUUUCGCUGGGAGAAAUUCUUAAACUUUGGUAUCAGUAUCACCAAACUUUAUUGAUCAUGGAGGGGCUCGUUACUGUCCUGCUGAUCCUGUCUAGGGCGAUGAUUUUACGCAGCUGGAGCUGGAUCCCAGCAGCACAUCGUUUGUGCAUAGGUAUUACCGUGUCAGAUGACCAUCACAGUAAUGCUGAAUGUGGCUAUUUGCACACCUUGUACCUGCUUGUGAACACAAGCAUUCCAGCAUGCGGUUUUCUGCGGUUAAAGUUUACUUUUAUUUUUAAUUUUGUUCCAUGUAUAUAGAUUUGAUUCUUUUUUGCUCCAAAUUUGGAGCUAAAAGCAGCAGGUGUGAUAUGUGCCCUAGUUGAAUUU